CGCUGAGCAGCUGCUGCUGCUUCUGCUUCUUGCAAGGCGAGUGUUUUGCACGGGAUUCUCCGCGCGCGCUGUCCGUGCAGGAUGGCUCUCAGCAGGAGGACGGAAGCAUUCAGAAAGAAGGUAUUGGAGAGGCUCUUUCCUACUCCUGCUCCACCUGGUGUGGUUUCUUCCAGUGCAGAGAGCAGCACUGCUCCCAGAAGUCCAGUUUCGGAGCAGGGAGCUCCUGAGAGUACCACAAUUUUGCAGCGACACUCCAGUUUACCAGGUGAAAAGCGUGUGAGUCUGCCUCCAAGGAAAAUGUACACAGUGAAUCCACCCCCCGGAGAUUAUGUACCAGCUGCUAAUAGCGAACCCAGCAAUGGCAGCUCUGAGAGUGAUGACAGCGAUGCCAAUACUCCAGAAGAGAAUGAUCAAGGACAGCCCCGGAGAAAGCGCACCCGAAGGAGGAAACGGAAGAAUGUUUUGCAAAACCCGGAUAAUUUACACGGAGGCCAAACAAAGUGUGGGAAGCAUGAAGAUAAUUUACAGCUGCGGCACACAGACGGCGCAAAUCUAAGUCGAAACAAAAAGAGGAAAAUUAAAAAGAAGCGGCAAAAGGAAAAGAUGAGAGCAGCUGGUUUGCUGACAAAGCCAACUGGUAUAGAUUUCACAUAUAAGCCCGAGAGGGAGGAAAGAACCGACUUUGAUGAGGCAGAUAGCAAUGUAGAUGACAUUUUGGAUUUUUUGCAAGCAGCACAAGAAAUCUAUUUCUCUGACAAACGAUCUAAAUGUGCAGAGUCAGCUGUGAAUUCAGAAAGCGUUCAGGAGGUUUUACAGAGUCUUGAAUCGCGCAGCAUGCCUUUGUCAGAUGUCACUCUUUUGCGUGAGAUGACAUCUCCUGUAUUUCUGCAGAAUGUAGAGAAACUCAAGGCGGCCGUGGAAGAGUUCCACACUAAGUCAGUGAUGCCUCCCGAUCAUGCCAAGGCAAUCUCUUCUCUGUUUCUCUACUGGAUUACAGAUAUCCUUCCUGGAAAGAACAGGAAAUAAGCUAAAUGUGCACAUCCAUCUGUACAGGGUUAAAAUGUAAUACAUAAGACUCUGAACUGUGUCUGAGAAUAUUCAGAAAUGGCAAUGCCAUUGAAGAAGAUUGCAACUUCACAAAGAUGUUGGGUUUUGUUUUUGGUUUUUAAUUUUUGUCUCUAGCCCCAAGUUAAUAUAUAAUACUGCAAACUUCCUUUAUUUUAUAUAUUCUAGUUUGUGAAUAUAUAAGCACCAGUUUCCCCCUUAUUGUAGGUCCUUCUUGAGAUUUUAUUGCAACUGAAUUGGUUCAUGCAAGGAAGACUCUUUCACGAGCUGCUUCAUAACUACCAGAAUAACUUGGUGGCCAAAGCCAAGUGAAAAUGUACAGUGCUAUCAUUGUUUUUAUAUGAUAUUGUUGUUUACAGAAUGUCAGAAUCCAUAUUUUUAUAUAUAAAAUAAAGAGGGGAAAGAGAGGAUUUAUAUCUUGUAUCUCGCUCCUCAAGCAGAUCCAUCACUUUCAUAUAUUAGGACAAUAUAGGCUUCAAUGCAUUUCACAACACUAUUCACUCCCCUUUCUACCAGGAAACUUGGAGCUGUCGCAUUAUAGGCCAGCAAGAUGCUGACUAGGAUACUUAGCCUUUGCAAGCUAUGGGAAGGAGAGAGAAGUCCAGUGUUCUGCCCUUACCCUCAUGCUCCUUGAACAAAUGUCAGCUGCUGUGUUGAUCAAUUGCUCUGUGAAAGAGCCGAGGUAUUAAAGCAUGUCCAUCUUUUGUGAAACAAGUUACAAGCAGUAUUUCUUAGGUGUAUCAGAGUAGGGGAGACAGAAAAGCCAUAACAGAGUAAACAUAAUCAUUGUUCCAAA